AUGGCCGAAUCAUAAGCACAGUCAUAUUAUGAAGAAGGUGAAGAUGAUGAAGAAGAGGAAUAUGAAUCAGAGGUUGAGUCUAGACAAAAGUCAAAAAUCUUAUCAAAGAGGAAUAUGCUUAGGCAGGAAAAUGAUUUAGAGGUUAAAUCUAUGAGCAUGAGUUAGAGAAGUAGUAAGCUUAGCAAGAGUAAAAAUAAAAAUAAUGCGCCGCAAACGAAUACUUUAGUUAAUUAAAGUAACCUCUAGCCAGUAGGGUAAAAAAGUAAGAGAGAUAUCGAUAAUUAGAAUAAAUCAAAGAUAAGCACUAAGAGAGGUAAAAAGCAAGGAGAAGCAAAUAAGUCUAAAGCUAAUGUAGAUAAUGAUGAAUAUGAUGAUGAAGAAGAGGGUGAAGAGUACUCAUACUAUGAGGAGAGUGUCCAGAAAUCAAGAAUUAGCAAUGCAGUAAAACCUAAAAAAUCUCAAAGGAAAAAGGAAAAGGAAAAGGACUCAUUUGAAGUGGAAUUCAGUGAUAAUAAGAAAAUUGGGGAUACAUUUAGAAGUCAAGUGAUUUCCUAGAAAAGUUUUAUGGGUGGGCUGUAAAAAUUGAAAUCGAGAGAGGCAGGAGAUGAUGUCUCUCCCUCUUUAAAUCAGUAAAAAUCAGGGCCUUAAUAUUUUGGCCAGAAUACUCUAACUACCUCGAAGUCUAACGUAGGUGGGCCGAGUCCUUUAUAAAAUAAACUGCAAAGCUAAACAUCAAACUAAAACUAAAAGACUUCAAUGGAGGAUAUUAGAAGAUCAUAAAUGUAAAAAUAAGUUGAGGAAAUAAGGUAGUAGCAGCAAUAGUAAGAUAUAAAACCAAAACCAAAAGUGAACACAUUAAAAGUAGAGAGUGAAUAAGAAGAGGGAUAAGAUUAUGGUGAAGAGGAAGAAUCUGAGUAUGAUGAAGAAGAGGAUGAAGCUUAGGAGAUCGUAGAUAAGAAAACCUAGAUAAAAAUGAAUAGAAGCGCAAAAAUGAGUUAAAAAUCAGCAAGAUCUAAAGGUAAGCAGUAAUCAAAGCUCAGAGCUUCUUAGCAAGUAGAUCUAAAAUAGUAAGAGGCUGAUGAAUAAAAGUAGAGAGAACUUUAAUAGCAGAAUGAUAAGUAAUAACAAGAAAUGCUAAAAUAAUAAUAGGAUGAAAUUCAGCGAAAAAAAUAAGAAUAAAUGUAAAAAUAAAAGGAGCAACAACGAUUAAAAGAAGAAUAAGAUUUGUAGGCAUAAAAAGAAAGUUAAUUUUAGAAACAAUUACAAAUUUAGUAGGAGAAGGAGAAAUAGCUUAAAGAAUAGGAGGAGCAAUUGAGACGAUAACAAGAAAGAAUUGAGUAAGAGUAAAGGCAGCUCGAGCAGUAAUAAAAAAGACUACAGCAAUCAGAGUAAAAGCUACUUAAGGAAAAAUCAUUCUAAAAAUCAGUAUAGAAAAGUGUAAAAUCCAAGAAAUCAGCAAAAACAAAGGCUAAAAAAGAAGAGGAAGAGGAUGAAGAAGUGAGUUAUUACAGUGACGCUGAGGAAGAGGAGUAUGAUGAGGAAUAUGAAAGUGAGAUAGAUGAGGAUGCUGGUGAAAAGAACAAUAAAUAAAAAAACAAGUCAAAACUAAGGAGCAAUCGAAUGCAAAAUAAGGUCCACGAGAUAUAACUUCAAGGAGAAUCAGACAAUUUAUUCCCUGAAAAGUUCUUGGAUAUAUCAGAGGAAAAUUUCAUUGAAAGGUCACUCAAAGAUUUCAGACCACCAACAGCAGGGAACAAAACUAUGCAUAGUUUUGAUGGAGCUAUGUACUCAACAAGAGUCAUUGGAGGUGUAAAGCCGAAUUUAUUAGCUCAAAACGAAGACUCUUACGAUGAGUUGAGAUUUUUUGAGAAGUCUAUUUAGGAUGAUAAGACAAAAAGAACAGGUAGAGACAUUAAUAUUGGUAAUGUUGUUUAAGAAGAGGAUGAAUAUUAUGAAGAAAAUAGUAAUUCAUUUCAAACAAAAUCGCAGUAGUCCAAAAUUACUAAAAGUGAGUAGUUUGAUCCAGGAGCAGUUUAUAGCAGAUAAAAGAAAUAAAAGAAAGUUGAUAUUACUGAAGAUAAAAUGGACGGUGAGUUAGAGAAUUCAAUGUCAAGUUUUAAGAGCAAUUAAGUAAAGCCAGUCAAAUAAAAUAAAAGAGAACCCUCAUAAAAUUAAUCAUAGUUAAGGUAAAUACAAUAGUAAAAAUAAGUGCCAAUAAAUAAAGGAUCCAAUGAUGAUAGCUUGAUAAGAAAAGAUGAGCAUAAGAAAAAUUUUGAGUAUGAUUUGGAUGAAAGAGGAAACAAGGUCAUUAUGAGUAGAAAGCAAAACAAAAACAAACAAAACAGUUUUGACGAUGAUGAUGAUAAAAUGGAUUAUGGUGCAACACCUCAGAAAGUGCAAUUUAGUCAGGCUAACUCUGGUAAAGGCGGAAAAGGGAAAUCAAUCCCAUUUCCAUAGUAACAAAUGAAUCAGAAAGGACAAGGAGGAUUUGGACAAUUUAUGCUAGACUAGUUAUAAAAUCUGGCAGAGUAAACAAAAAUAGAUAAGCCUUUAAAUAAGGAUAAAAUGAAUCAAAAAAUCAAAGUAGCUAAUGCUGCUGAUGCUGGAAAUAACAUGAUGCCUAAUUUGGAUAAGUAGCCAUUUACAGAUGAUGAAAUUAAGGAGGCCUUUUUUACAUUUGAUAUGAAUGGGAAUGGUUACAUUGGAGUCUAAGAAAUCAGAUUUGUGUUAGAUGCUCUAGGAGAAGAUGUUACUGAUGAAGAAAUAGAUGAAAUGGUUAGAAUGCUAGAUAUAGAUGGUGACGGCCAAGUGAACUUUAAGGAAUUUUAUAAAAUGGCAUCUGGCUAGAGUUUAGCUCCAAUUGGAGUUGCUCUACCUCCUCCUAGAGAUAUGGAAAUAGUUAAAAGACUCAAUCAAAGCAAUUCUAGUCAAAAUAGUAAAAAGAAAGACCAAAAGAAUCUGAAAGCAUCAAAUAAGAAAGAAGGUAAAAGUGUAAAGAUAUUUGAUGAUAACAGUCAAAAUAAAGGAAAAUACUCCGAGAAAGGAGGAACUGAUAAGGAUAUUGAUUAUGAUGAAGAAGAAGGUGAGGAUGAAGAAGAUGAAGAAGAUUAUGAUGAAGAGUAUAAAAGUGAUUAUGAGCAAGAUGAUUUAAAGAAAGGUAUUGAUAAAAAAGUGCCUUUUACAGUCAAGAAAUUCAGUAGUAAAAAGCCUUAAAAAGGUAAAGCAAAGAAUUUAGAGGAUGAAGAUGAGGAAGCUGGACCCUUAGGUAAUUUAGUUGGAAUGAAGAAAAAAGAUGUAAAAGUUGCUGAAAAAGAUGUAAAAAAAUUCAACGAUCUUACCAAGCAGAGAGAGAUGGCUUAGCAAAGAAAAUCGACUAUCAAGGAAAUUUGCUCUAAGUUUGGCUAUGACAGUAAAGCUGUGAGAAAAAUGUAUGAAGUUUACGAGGAGCAGGAACUGCCUAAGAGGAUUAACUACAACAGAUUCAUUAAGUUUUUGAAACUUGAUGACUCACCUUUGCUCAGAAAUGCUUUCGAGCUUUUAGCAGGAGGAUCUAAUGAAAAAGUGGACGUUAGAGUGCUAAUGCUAUAAUUUAUGAAUCAGUCAACUCUAUCUAAGGAAGAGAAACUGAAGUUUGCGUUUAAUAUUUUUGAUGAGGAGGAUAGUAGAAUGAUUACUUAUAAAGAGCUUUUGAAGAUUUUAUAGGCUAAUUACUUUGCUUCUUCCAUUGAGGAAGUAGAUGGUAAAGCAAAAUUGAUUAUUUAGGAAUCAAAAGGAAUGGGAAUAGAUGAGGCUAUUAGUUAUGAGGAUUUCAUGAUUAUGGCAAGAAAGUUUUAGUCUUUAUUUUAUCCAACAAACUUGUGA